AUGUCACCAUUGAAAUCUAAAGAUUAUGAUGUUGAAAAAAUUCUUUCAAAACGAAUUAAUGGAAAAGGUCGAACAUUUUACUUAAUUAAAUGGAAAGGUUAUUCAACAUCACAUAAUACAUGGGAACCAAAAGAUAAUGUUACUAAUUGUCAAGAUUUAAUUAAAGAAUUUGAAGCUGAAGAAGAAAAGAAAAAUAAAUCAAAAAAUUUAAAUUCUAAUGAAUCUCAAGGUCAAAUAAAUAUUCGAUCAACUCGCUCGAGUGGUAUAUUGACACCAAAACAAUCAACCAAUAAAAAUGAAAGAUAUACACGUCGUAGUAAUCGUGAUCUACCAACGCGUCAACAUAAUAAACGUGUAUCUAGUUAUGAAGGUAUGUUUACUGAUGAUGAAGAUGACGAUGAAGAAGAUGAAAAUGAUAAUGGAUUUAUAGAAAAGAGAUCGUCUAGAUCAGCAACAUCAAAACGAUCACGUAAAAAUACAACUGAUACUGAUGCAACAUCUUCAAUUGAAAGUUAUGAUAGUGGUGACAUACUUGAUAUAUCGAAACUAGAUCAAAUACUUGAUGUUCGUCGAAAUAAACAAAAUAAUAUAGUUGAAUAUUAUAUUCAAGUAAAAAAUAAUAAAAAACCAUUGUGGAUGAAUUCAAAUCGUUUAACUGAAGAUUAUAGUCAACAAGUUGUUGAUUUUCUUGAAGAAAAAUUUGUUUAA